AUGUCUUUCGAACCGUUGCCCGACCACUACAAGGCCCUUGGGAUAGACCGGACCGCCGAUGCCGCCACCAUCAAGAAGACAUAUCGCAAGCUGGUCCUCACCUGCCAUCCCGACAAGGUCACAGACGAGGCCCUGAAGGCGCAGAAACAAGAUGAGUUUCACAAGAUCCAGCAAGCCUACGAGACCCUGAGCGACGAUACGCGCAGGGCAACCUACGAGGCCGAGCUGAAGCUGCAGCAGCUGCGCCGCGAGAAGCUUGCCAGGACUGCCAGCGGCACCACUGUCGAGCCCAAGAGCGCACGCUUCCAGCAGCCCACCUCUGGAGGCUCAUACACCGCCAACACCUCAGCCCGCUACACCACCGAAGAACGCCGACCUACGGGAGCAUCAUCGUCGCGCCAUAACGAUUAUGACGACGAGCGCUACCACGGCACCCACAAGACAGACUCGCACUUCGCGUCGCCAAGACGCUCCUCGCCGAGACCCACCCCAUCAUCACGCUCGUCGCGGGAAAAGUACGAAAAGGAGGUACGAAGAGAAAAGCCCUCCGACCGCACACGCUCGAGCACGACCAAGGCCCGCGACAGCGAGCGCCGGGACCGCACAGGCAGAUUCCCUCAUGAUAGCGAGGGAUCGUCUGGUGAGGACCGUGCGCGUCUGGAGCGCGAGCGUGCCUAUAAGACACGCGCUGCCGAAGACGACUCGCAAAGGCGUGAGGAGCGCCGCAGAGACGAUCGCCGACACGACGACUACGAGAACACCACGCCACGCAAGUUGAGCGUGCAGCAAGAUGAUGCUAUUCGCUACAUCCACAAGUCUCGCGCUGAAGCGGAAGCCAACUUGCGUCCAUCGCCUGUUAGGACCGCAUCAAGGGACUACUACGAGCCUAGUAGCCGCUCCUCUAGGCACCGAGAGGUUCGACCGGAGCCUGCGCCACGCAGGUCAUCUGCCCGUCCCAAGGAGCGCUCCAGCAUGCCCUCUCGUCGUGAUACAGACCGCGGCAACCUGGAAGUCGUUGACUGGGACGAUCGACGACCAUCCUUCAAGCAGUCGGCUUCGUCACCAGCAGAUAUCCGGAUUCCAGUCACGCCUCAGCGCUCCGCGACUGAGUCAUACCGACGCUCAGAACGUUCGCCACCUCCCCGCUUCCCCGGUCUAAGCCGCUCCGCCACCAUGCCCACUGUCCCUGUUGCAGAAGCUGGAGGAUCGCGUCGCGAAGCCAAGGGUUAUCCUCGCCAGUCAGGCCUCCGAAAUGAGGCCAAUGGCAGCCCUGAGCGCGAUGCUUACCCGACUGUUCCGGCGCCUCAGCAAAGCAACAAGACAUAUUAUUCCUACAGCCCAGCUGACGGAGGCGUCAAAGCCAUGGAUCCACCUCACCGCACUAUCCUCCGCGAACCAGAACGCGUUCGCCACCGCUCGCCCUCGCCCAUCGGCAAACCACCAAUGGGCGCCAACCGCCCCACGCUUCAUUCUGCAAAGACCUACGCACCCAGUGGCCGCACGAGCCGCCAGGCGUCGCCUGUGCGAGACGAUCGCGGACGUUCCAAUCAGAUGAAGUACGGCGAAGUGUCGUCGGACUACACACGCAGGAGAGGCAUGCCCGAGCGCCAAUCGAGCUUCGAUCCGCACAAUGUGACCUACGCCCCUAGCUUUGGACCUGAGGAUAUCAGGUGGGCGCCAAAGCGCGGAGAUGAGAGGUACUCGGAUCGCAAGCCCACUCUUGGCCGCACCACAACAUCCGUCUACUGA